UGCAUUGGCUGGGCUGGGCUCGACUCCUCCUACUCUUCCUCUUCCCCAUUCUCCUCCUCCUGAUAUCGGGGCUGUUGUUUGUAUCAUACGCCUCUCGUGCGUCGAUCCUCCUCUCGCCAAUUUCCUUCCCUUCGCCGUAUCCUGCACAUCGCUUGCUGACGAGCGAUUGACGGAUAUGCUGCUUUCAGUGCGAUGGGAUCCGCGUCGUUGAGUUAUUGUUGCUGCGGCGAAGGUUUGUGACGGUGUUAGUGCGGCACGGAGGCAUAAUAUUAAGUUACUGAACUAUGGAAGGCAACGUGCGAUCGGAGGACUCAAUCACAGAAGAGGUUGUUGAAGAGGUUAUUAGAAUAGAUCAACAUGAGAGGGAUAAAAAAAAUGUCAUAGUUCCUUUGCUGCUGAAUAAAAUGGUUCAUUCGAAGGACAUUGGGCAAAAUUCAUUGGUAAGCGGCCCUGUUUUGGUAAAUGGAAGAAUGAUACAAUCAAGAAGUGCCGCAGCUCUGGCUAAGCUGACUAAUGGUAUAGAGAAGAUUAGUAUGUUUGAAACAAUAGGAGGUCCACCUAAGGACGAUUGUUCUAUUUCUGGGCAAGAUGAUGGACGAAAUAGCUGGAGAGCUAUAGAGCGGUGUGUUGCAGCAUCUGUCAAAGGGUUUGUAAUUGGAGCUGGACUUCGAGGAGGUCUCUCGCUUUUUGGUAUCCUCACUCGUUUAAGGAGAAAAUCGUCCGUAAGUAAGUCGCCUGUGAAGAUUGGGAAGACAAAUAAUCAGGCUCUUUUGGCUGCACUGAGGGAGACUCUUCGAUAUGGUUUAUUUUUGGGAACCUUCGCUGGAGGUUUCUGCACCGUUGAGGAAACCAUUGCAGCGCUUGGAGGCUCUCGAAGGACUGCGAGGUGGCGAUCUUUGGUUGCCGGAGCAAUUGUAGGUCCAUCUCUGCUAUUGACUGGACACAAAGUGCGCCACACUAGCAUGGCCAUUUACAUACUUCUGCGGGCAGCUGUAUUGGCUGCUCGCUGCGGAUUAAAGAGCGAGCGCGUAGGUUGGCUUUGUAAGCCACUGUCUUGGAAGCAUGGCGAUACAUUUCUCAUGUGCUUAUCAUCAUGUCAGAUUCUGACGGCCUGGAUUUUGAAGCCAUCCAGUUUACCAAAAUCUUAUGUCUCAUUUCUCAAUAAGCAUGGAGGUAAAGAUGCCUCAAUCAUCAAGGGCAUCAACCAGUUAGCAUUCAACACAAAGCCUUUCACUGCAUUAAAGGGUAUCGAGGAGCACUACAGGUCAUCAGGGCUUGACAUUAAACUGAACCCGGAGAUGUCUAUUCCUUGCACAAUGAUUCAUGGAACGCAAGGUUGUACGCCGCAUUUCUUCUCAUUUCUGGUUCAAGCAUAUCUACGUUCUUUGCCAGUCUAUGUACCUGUCUACCUUGUCCCUGCACUUCUUGUGCACCGGCAAGGCCUAUUUGCAAGACCCUCACCCAUUUUAUGGAAGUCGGUGCUGGGAAUUGUCAGAUCUAGCCUUUUCCUCUCAGUGUACACUUCUUCUGCUUGGGCCUGGACGUGUUUUCUGUUUAGAUCAACUGGAAUUUGCAAGCCACCUCUUAUAGCUACAGCAACUGUACGAAUCCUUUGCUUUUGCAUCUUCAUGUUUCCAGUCGGGUUGGCAGUGAUGAUUGAGAAGAAGUCACGACGAAUGGAACUUGCCCUCUACUGCUUUGCAAGGGCUAUUGAAAGUUUUGCAAUUUGCGUAACCGAAUGGGGAGUAUUAGAGCGUUACAACUUGACUCCUCCCAAACGAAUAGACGUCUUCCUUUUUAGUGCAGCUACCGCCAUCAUCAUGCAUUGCUAUGCGCAAGAACGAGAUGUAUUCAGGUCGAAGUACCUCAACGUUCUUGACUGGGUAUUCGGUCUUCCUGAUGGAGCUACUAAGUAUACGAGUCAUUUGAAUCCACCUUCUGCGUCACCUGAUGCAGAAAUAUCAUUACCAAAAGCGAAAGCACUUCUGGAAGUUACUUCUGGAAGUUACUGAUUCUCGGAUAUUAAAUGCAAGGAGCGGAACGGCUUCAGGACGCUGACAGAUAACAAUUUAUUCGCAUGGAGUUAAUGUCACACAGGGAUUUGGAUUUUUACGGUCCCAUUCAAGGCAGUUGUGCAUCUCAAGGUGUCAUCUCAUAUGCACUACUACUGUACUCUCGAUGCCUCCUCAGGUGUGUCGUAACAGUUAAAUUUGACAUUCUGGUGUGCAAUUCUGUGCACACCCCAUUAUUCUUACUGGGAUUAUAUUGGGAUUGUGUUCGCUAUUAAAGACGGGGUUCUGAAACUUCUCCAUGCCUUGUAUUUCAUUUUAAUUUAACCCUUAUCAAUAUAGGAUUUCUUUGCAGUAAUUGCCAAUA